GCUCCAGAUGACAGUCUUCCCUGCAGUGCAACACAGCUCUUUGACUGAGUCUCCUGCUGCUGCCAUUCCUUUCACCAGCCGUUCAAAGAUUUAAAAACCAUCCACCUAUGUGCCGGCUGUUCCAGAGUCCAGAGGCGUCUCAAGGAACCUGCUGCUUUUGAGAGGAGCCCAUUGCAGCACCCUGUGUGGAACAGCAAGGACAAGAGUCAACCAGUGAGUCUUUAAUCCUUUGCGCUAGCUCAGAAUCAACAGUGCUUUUGAAAAAGAGAGAGGGAGAGAGAGAGGAGAGCAAACUAAGAAGUGGGGAGGGGAAAAUGAAAGCAAUGAAGGCAGGUCAAUUUGUAGCCUCAUUCAGGAAUCAAGUGGAAAAUUUCAGUGUGAUGAUCUUGGGCCUGAGAACACCAAUAGGAAUCAGAGCAACAGCAGAUUUGAUGAGUGUUGUGCAACUAAAUUGUGGGCCACGCAGACACUCUAGUUUUCUGUUCUCAGGUGUAUUUCCCAGCCCACGCACCUCUGGCUGCUGGUAUUCAAAUCCUGGACGCCAUGUCUUCUUAAUUCUGUACCUUGCAGAUAUACAUGUGAGUACGCAGAAAUGUAGGAAGCUGCCUUACACUGUCAGACUAAUGGUCCAUUUAACUCAGUAUUAUCCACACUGAGGUGCCAGAGAUCAAAUCUAGGACCUUCAUGUGGAGCAUGUGCACUACUGCUGAAGUGCAGCUCCUGAUUACGCUGCAUUUGCACUCUUCCAAGGAACACGGCAUCUGUGGCCAUCACAAGUCAUCUGUGUGCAGAGACCAGACAGUGAUGUACUUGCUUUUUGAAUCCAUUCACAUAGGGAAUUAAAAGUAUUGGGAUGGCUUCUUUUCUUACAUGCUAUGUUUUCUCUUACUUUUUGUAUAAAGGAAGAGUAAGUAAAUAAAUAUGGAACAUUUGUGAUUAUGGACAAAAUUAGAGCCAUGGUAGAUAGCAGAGCAGGGGACGCGGGUGGCGCUGUGGGUUACACCACAGAGCCUAGGGCUUGCCGAUCAGAAGGUCGGUGGUUCGAAUCCCCGUGAUGGGGUGAGCUCCCAUUGCUCGGUCCCAGCUCCUGCCCACCUAGCAGUUCGGAAGUACGCAAGUAGAUAAAUAGGUACUGCUCCGGUGGGAAGGUAAACAGUGUUUCCGUGCGCUGCUCUGGUUCGCCAGAAGCAGCUUAGUCAUGCUGGCCACAUGACCCGGAAGCUGUACGCCGGCUCCCUUGGCCUAUAGAGCGAGAUGAGCGCCGCAACCCCAGAGUCGUCUGCGACUGGAACUAAUGGUCAGGGGUCCCCUAACCUUUAGAUAGCAGAGCCAGGAAUUUAUAGACAAUUAAUAAAUUAAUUGGCAACUGGUUCCCCCCUCCUUCUGUAUUGGAACUGUUUGUUAGGCUUAUGUAUCACCCUUCAUCAUAAGAUCUCAGGGCGAUUCACAAGAUAAAAAUACAAGGUUAAUACACAAAUAAAUAGUUAAAACAAAAGCAGCAAAACUAUAACCUCCCCACAGAAAUAUAUAAAACAUUAUAAUAGCAUUCAACCAGUGCUUUCCAGUGUUCAAAGUAGUACAGAUGCAUUAUCUAAUUGUAAUCCCAUAUGGAUUGCAAUUGCAGAUGAGAGUGGCAGGAGGUGUAGCUCAAAAGUCUGUGUUAGCUUUUUUGAACAUUGCUUGGCUCUAUCUAAUUAAUGCCUUCUUUUUCUGACGCUGUGGAAGUUGUGCUAGGGAGCAACCUACUUCUAAUACAAAAAGCAAAGGUUGGCCCAGAAGAGAAAAAAAUCCAAAAAGUGAUUUUAUUAGGUCGAACAAAAUGCUACAAAAUAGUGUGCAAGUUUUUGAGCCCUCCAUAACUCAUUAUCAGGCUUUGUGGUAAACAAAACAAGAUUGGGGGAAGAGGAAGGGGAAAAAUUGGCUGAUGUUGGACGAAAUCUGAAUUUAGUCACAGUCUUAAUAUGGGAGGAGAAGGUACUACUCAUUCCAACGAGGACCUAUUUCAAAUGUGGAAAACUUUUGGCACUUCCAAUGUUAAUGAACUACAACUCCCAUCAAUCUCUGCAAGCAUGGGUAAUGACCAGGCAUGAUGGGAUUUGUAGUUUAGCAACAUCCAGAGCGCCAAAUUUUCCCUACACUUGGUAUAUUUUGCUAUUUUGUAGGUUUCAGUGGGACUGUUUCCCAAGACAGACAUACAAUGGUUCAUCAUCCUUGUGAAAAUAUAAAAUCAAGCUGUUACACCCAGAUCUCCAUGCUUAGGUGAAACACAAAGGUUCCUUCAAUGGGGAAAACAAACAGGAAUACAGAGCAGCUAUGCUGUUUUUAGAUUAGCAAAGUUGGGAUACUGAAACAUAUUUAAACUGUGCAGUUCUUUUUUCUGAUGGGGCCUCAUCGUAUCUGAAAGCCCCACAAUCUGUGCAGAUGAGAAGGCUUAUCAAGACGUUAGAUGCAUAAGAUAGAUACUGCUUCUACUUCCAAGCAGCUGGUGUCCUCUGUUGCAUGGAAUUGGAUCCAUCUCCAACUGCACAUGGGAGUAACUCCCAUGGCAACUUUGGCCAGGCAUGUUUUUAGGAGCACCAGAACAUGACGGAACUUUUCAUAAUCUUACAGAGAACGUCAGAACCCAAAGUCAGUUCUCAGCAUCGAUUGCACACAUGGCAAAAGAGAUCAUGGAAGUCAUUAACACCUAUUAUUUUGAGUAUCAAAAUUCUGCAUCAUGGAAAAAUUGAACCCUGUGGGAUAUAUUGGGGGAGAGGAUCCGUUUUGGAUGCAAAAAACACCCCUGUUCAGCCCUUGGCAUCUUCCGUUAAAAGAGACCCUGUCAAGCUUGCUGCCCAUCAAAGGAAUGACUGUAGCUUAAUAGCAGAACAUCUGUCUUGCUGGCAGACUGUCUCAUGUUCAUGACAUCUUCAUUUAGGGCUGUGAGAGAACCAUGUCUGAAAUCCUGGAGAGCUGCUGACAGUCAGUAUAGACUAUGGUUACCAGAUUUUUUUCAAUGAAUCCAGGGACCCUUUUUUUAAUUUUUUAAAGCUGAGUAGCAACAGGGAGUCAGUAGUGGGCAUGGUGAGGCAAAAGACCCUGGGCCCAAGCACACAUGCAUAUUGUAUAAAGGUGCAAAGCCCUUCUUUCUCACCUUGUGAAACAUAAAUGCACAGAGUUUUUAAAAAACUGGGCAAUGGCUGCCCGCCCGUGGCUCCUGAGCCUCCCCCAAUCUGUCAGAACAAAGGGGGAAGGGGGCAGGAGAUCAGGGGAGUCUUGGGAAUCAUGAAGGCAGCCGGCCCUUGCCCAGUUUAAAAAAAACACACCUGCAUUUAUGUUUCACAGGGUGAGAAAGAAGGGCUUUGCACCUUGCCCAGCAGAGAAACCGUGCGCCUUGCACCCCUCCUGGGCAACGCCCCACCCGCAAGUCCCGAGCCUCCCCCAUUAGUCAAAACAAAGGGGGAAGGGAGCAGGAGAUUUGUACUGCCGGGCGUCCCUGGUUCCCUUUUGGCAGUGGCGGCAGCAGCGGCAAUCAGCAGCCCACAGCCAGCCAGAGCCAACUGCGCUACCAGGCUGGCUCCGGGCUGCUGAGGCUGCCACUGCCACAUUUCCCGGGGACAGAUUUGCAAACCUGGGGACAUUCCGGGGACAGAUUUGCAAAUCCAGAGACUGUCCCCAGGAACCGGGGACGUCUGGUAACCCUAGUAUAGACAAUACUGAGCUAGGUGGACCAAUGACUGUCUUGGUAUAAGGCCACUUCCUAAGUUCCUAAGUUCCUUUGUUUACAUGGCACUGAAAUGAUCCCAAAAAGGAACCCAGCAACCUGUAGGGAGAAUAUUCCGCAGUCAGGGGGCCACCACUGAAAAAGCCCUUUCCCUAGUAUCUCACUUGGCUGGGGCAACCAAAGAAGGACUUCUGAAGAUGGUCUGGGUUUGUGCAUCUUGAAUAUUUAUCACCCUGAAUGAAUUUUGAUUUAAUAAGAAAGAGAAUUAGCUAGCUUUGGGUCAUUAACAGUGCAAUAUAAGCAUGUUUACACAGAAGUCUGUUAAUCAGGGCUUCCUUCCUAGUCUAUAUUAUGAUGAUGAUUGCAGCUGUCCCUUUUUGUUGAUUAGCGGAAGUCCAGCGAAUCCACCGUGGAAGGGGAGGAGGAGGAGAAGGCGACGUGAGCCAUGUCGAAUGUUAUCCUGGAGGGCAUCUUUCUAAAACGCUCUCAGCAAAAGAAGAAGACAUCCCCUCUCAACUUCAAGAAACGGCUCUUCCUGCUGACUGAGAGCAAGCUCUCCUACUAUGAGUACGACUUUGAGCGUGGGGUGAGUCACAGAAAAGAGACAGCUGGCUGUGAUAGAAGUGAGGUAAAGGUAAAGGGACCCCUGACCGUUAGGUCCAGUCGUGACGGACUCUGGCGUUGCGGCGCUCAUCUCGCUUUAUUGGCUGAGGGAGGCAGCGUACAGCUUCUGGGUGCAUGUGGCCAGCAUGACUAAGCCACUUCUGGAGAACCAGAGCAGCGCACAGAAAUGCCGUUCCUUUCCGCCAGAACGGUACCUAUUUAUCUACUUGCACUUUGACGUGCUUUUGCACUGCUAGGUUGGCAGGAGCAGGGACUGAGCAACGGGAGCUCACCCCGUCGCGGGGAUUUGAACCACUGACCUUCUGAUCGGCAAGUCCUAGGCUCUGUGGUUUAACCUACAGCGCCACCCGCAUCCCUAGAAGUGAGGUAGCUAGGUGCAAAUGAGUAUAUGGCUUUUGCGCCUUUAAUAGUUGCAUUAAAGAGGGACUUCCAGCAGGUAGUUGUCACUAAAGAUGCAGCAACGCUGUCCUCUUUUGAACCUAGCCACCCUAAAGCUGCUGAUUGUAGAUGCCAUGAAAGGGCAGCAAGUGUUUAGUUAUUGUAUUUUUACUGACAGGGACAGGGAAAUGUAUGUGUAGGAUUUUCUGUCUCAGGUGCCCAAGGGACCAGCCUUGGGUAAUGUGCAUCGGUUAGGCUGAGGGAUGGUGAAUGGCCCAUGAUCACCUAGUGAACUUUGUGGCUGAGUGGGGAUUUGAAGCUGGAUUUCUACUGUCCCAGUCUGACAUGCUCAACUAGGUAUGGGGAGCCUGUUGUUGGACUCUGAUUUCUCUCAGUCCCAGAUAACGGCGUAGCGUGGGUUGUCAGCACCCGGGGCAAGGCAAGUAAUUUGCGCCCCCUAACCCCUAACCUGCCGCCGCUGCCAGCUUCUUCUUGCUGCUGCCUGGUCUGGUCUGGUGUGGUUCUCUCCCGCGCUCAGCGCUGCGCUGGGCGGCCGCUGCACUGUCCCUCCCCCAGAUAGUCGACGCUCUCUCUCCGCACCGAACGCCUGGCACCCACCCCUCCACAGUGGGCGGCGACCCAGCGGCUCGGAUCGGAUUCGCACAGCCAGCACUGCAGUGAGAGAGAGUGAGUGAGCCAGGUAGGGGCAGAGAGCUGCGAGUGCGAGUGCGCCCCCCCAGAUGUUGCGCCCGGUGCGGCCGGCCCCCCCUGCACCCCCCACGCUACGCCACUGCUCUGAAGGCACACGAAACACCUUGAUCUUGUAAAGGAGAUCUACAUGAGGAAGGCGGUUUUUGUCUGUGCAGCAAACACAGCUGCGGGUUUACAUUGCGAUCUAAGGCCCAUUGAACUAGCUGAGUGCUGUCACAUCUGCACGGUUACAUGCAAAGUGCUCUUAAACCAUUUUGACAGCCUGGGAACCUUAGCUUGUUAAGGAUGCCCAGGAUUGUAGCUUGAUUGGGGGGGGGGGUAAGGUCUCUUAACAACCCUCAGUGUCUUUAACAGACUACAGUCCCCGGGAUCCUUUGGGGAAAGCCAUGUCUUGUUAAAGUGGCAUAAUAGUGCUUUAAUGUAUGGUACGUGGGUGUGAUUGUUUUGAUGCAUACAGAAGGACUCAUGUUUUGAUCCUAGGGACUCAGCUACAUUAGUAAAAAAAAAAAAGGCAUUUUAAAUGUGUUACAACACUGUGACACCACAUGGUGCUGUGGAGUUCAAUCCUCGGUAAUGUGAUUUCUCAUUGUUAUUAUUUUUUUUAAAUGUAUUUUUAUUAAAUAUUUUCUUGAUUUACAGAAGUAUGUGUAAUGUGUCUCUCUCGUAUUUUUUCCACGUAACAUUUUUACAAAUCAGUUUCAUUUGUUGAGACAUUAGGAAGAAAAGGGGGAGAGGGGGGAGGGGGGAAGAUGGGUGGGGUCGGGUGGCAAUGUUUCUAUUAUACUUAAUGUAUGUAGGGUUUGGUGUCAUCGUUGCUUGUGCAGGUUCUCUGCUGUUCGCUUGUGUUGCUUUGGUGGUGGGAGAGGUUGGGGUUGGCCUAGGGUGUGGUUAUUCAUUUGUGGUUGGCUGUGGUGGUCUUUGUUUUCAUGUGUGAGUGGGGUGGAUGGGUGUUUUGGAUCAGGUUAGCCAUAUUGAUUUGUAUGCUGUUGGUGGAUUUUUGUCGUUGUCUUGUUGGGCUGUGUAUGUGAUAAAGGGGAGCCAUACCGGGAUGAAGGUGUCUUCUUCUAUUUGUCCCUGUGUCAGUUUCAGUUUAUUGGUUAAUUUUUCUAGUAAGGCUGUUUCCCAUACUAUUUGGUACCAUUGGUCCAUGCUUACUCCUGACAGGUCUCUCCAGUGUCUGGUUAUGGUGUUUAUGGCUGCUGAAAGUAGGUGGGUUAUGAGUUCUUUGUGGUGUAAAUGGGCAUUAUUGUCUUGGAAGAUGUUUAGUAGGGCCAAUUCUGGGGUGAUUUCUAAUACUUGCUUAGUUAUUUUACAUAUUUCUCGUAUGGCUGUUGUCCAGAAUAGUUGGAUUUUGAGGCACUCCCACCACAUGUGGAGGUAUGUGCCUGUGGAGGUGCACCCUCUCCAGUAUUUUGGUGAGGUUCCUGGGCAUAUUAGUGCUAGUUUUCUUGGUGUUAGGUACCACCUGUAGGUGAUUUCUCAUUAUGAGCUUUACAAUGCAUUUUCCUGAAACUUUUUUUGUGUGUGUCUAGACCCAGCCUAAGCCACUAGCUGUGCAAGUAGUGCUGGCUCAAAGCUGGACUGUCUUAAAGCAUUCCUGUUUUCUCCUUUGCAGCGCCGAGGAAGUAAGAAAGGCUCUGUGGAAAUUGAGAAGAUCACCUGUGUGGAGACUGUGGCUCCAGAGAACAAUCCUCCACCAGAACGGCGAAUCCCGGUAAUGAAGCACUAAUGUGCCUUCAUUUCAGACAGGAUGUUCCUGCUCUCAGCAGCCACAAGAUUCUCCUGCUAAACAUAUACAUGCAUUCUCUUUGGGGGGGAAUGCCACACUGCUUUUCAGUGCUGCACAGUUACAUCAAAUUGCCAUCCAGGGACAGUGCCCUAAACCAACUGUGACAUGUCUCCUUGUGGUCAGUGGAGGGUCCAGAUCCAUACCCACGAGGGAAGCCACAGAAUAAUGGACCAACACAGAUACCUGCAUUUUGGGAUUCCCCCUUGAAGGAGUCUUUCAUGGGUCUGGGGGCUGUCAGGGCGAAGUCCUAGACUUCCAAAUGUAUCACUGGUACUAGCUGCUUGUGAGGGUCAAUGUAGGAGCAUAGCUGAGUGAGCAGAGCAUCUGCUUUGCAUGCAGAAGGUCGCAGGUUUGAUCCCUGGAGUCUCCAGGUAGGACUGGGAAAGAUGCUUCUCAUGGCCCUUCAGUGCUAGACCUGCAUGGGGAACCUCAGGUAUAGGGGCCAACUGGAACUCUCCCAUCUCCCCUGCUUCCCUCCCUGGCCCUGGACGGAAUGCAUCCUUUGACUUUGACAAUUCCUCUUGAUUGUGUGAAUGGAGGGCAGAGAAUGGAAGGUGUGUGGAGAAGCUAGCUUACUUUACAAAGGUAAAAUAUAUAUUUGUUGCUUUGCCCCCUGUUAUAAGAAAAAAAUACCUGCUCCUUUUCCUUUAUGGGGUAUUCCAGAGCCCAUAUAGAGUCCUUAAGUGGGUUCUCUAUCGGUAGGAAAAAUAACAGAGGCCAACCAGAGUAUAUUGAGAAGCAAAGCAGCUAGUAAACCUGAUCUUUAUUCAAGGAACUGUUGCAACAGGGUCCCCACUCACCACAUGCAGACCACCCCCAUAAAACAUCAGGCGUACAUCACAGAAGGAGGUAGUCUACAGCAGCUGAGGCGGUCUACAGCAGAAAUCCUGUUUGCUAGGAUACCUGAUAAUGGUCACUGACUGCAUUACCUGGGCAGCCUGGCCAUUCUUUUGUGAUGGUUGAUACUUUAGUUCCUGAAUCCAGGUCACAGGCUCACCCUAUUCAUACACAAAUGUGCCCUUAAGACAGGAUUUGCAAGCAAAAAGACAAUGGGAAGGCUUUCCCCAUUUGCCUCCCUUGCUGGAGAGGAGUAUUUGAGGUCAUUGGGAGAGUUAAAAUGGCUUUAGGAUUGUUCUCCUGUACUAUUUAAGACACAUGGUUCAUAUAUUUAGAUAUGUGUGCUUUUAUGAAUAUUUAUUUUCUAUAUUUGAGACCUUAAAAUUUAAGCAACACCCACUUCCACCUGCCCACAGUUUCCUGGACGUGAGUUUUGGUGUGUAGGGGAAACAUUUCUAAUGUACUAAUCUCCCAUCUAUUUCACAUGCACACAGAGAAAAGGAGAAGAUCUAAGCGAGACAGACAUCAUAGAGAGGUUCCCCUAUCCUUUCCAGGUGAGCUGUUUUUCCUGUUAGCCACCCCAUCAUAGACAGUUGGGUCACAUGUUCCAGACUCAAGAUAAUGUGUCUGUACCUGUCUUGUCUCUUAGUUUAUUGCCCUUAAUGACUCCCAGAAUCUGUUGCUUUAGUCCUCCACCAUCCUGCCCCAUGGUCAAGCCACAGGUACAGCUAAAACAUUAUCAGGUACAUUUAUACAAAAAAAAAAAGUGAAAGAAUUUGUUGGCAGGAUGGUUUCAGCUCAAAAUGCCUUUAAACAGGGCUACUCUGGACUUAAGGGACGCGGGUGGCACUGUGGGUUAAACCACUGAGCUUAGGACUUGUCAAUCAGAAGGUCGGCGGUUCGAAUCCCCAUGACGGGGUGAGCUCCCGUUGCUCGGUCCCUGCUCCUGCCAACCUAGUAGUUCAAAAGCACGUCAAAGUGCAAGUAGAUAAAUAGGUACCGCUCCGGCGGGAAGGUAAACAGCAUUUCCGUGCGCUGCUCUGGUUCGCCAGAAGUGGCUUUGUCAUGCUGGCCACAUGACCCGGAAACUGUAUGCCAGCUCCCUCGGCCAAUAAAGCGAGAUGAGCGCCGCAACCCCAGAGUCAGCCACGACUGGACCUAAUGGUCAGGGGUCUCUUUACUUUUACCUUACUCUGGACUUAAUAGUCUUACAGUGACGGACCUACAUUUCUGGGGCCCUGAAUGUUGAACUGUCGCAAGGCGCUCCUUCACAACCAGCAGCGAGGUCUGGAUAACUGCUGUUAUCUUCUUCAAUGGGGUUGUUCCACGACAGAUCACCACACCUGUACAACAUCUGUGCUACUGAUGGUCAAGCUUAGGAAUGUUGAAAUAUAUACAGUGGUACCUCUAGAUGCGAACGGGAUCCGUUCCGGAGCCCCGUUCGCAUCUAGAGGUAAACGUAACUAGCGACGGCGUGUCUGCGCACGCAUGUGUUGCUUUUUGCCACUUCUGCGCAUGUGCGUGACAUAAUUUUGAGCGUCUGCGCAUGCGCAGGUGGCGAAACCCGGAAGUAACGCGCUCCGUUAUUUCUGGGUUGCCGAGGAUCGCAACUCGAAUGUGCUCAACUCGAAGCAUAUUUAACCCAAGGUAUGACUGUACAACAAAAAAUGAAUAGGUUGAGUCGUGCCGCUCAAAUUGGGUCUAGUGGACCAAAACAUUUUAAGCCAUGUGGACCAAAGUCACUUCUGGGGCCCGUCCAGGAUUUGGGCCCUGAAGCUUAAGCGUCAUAGUCUUAUGCUCCUCUUCCCCUGGCUAAAACUGCACACACACCAUAUAUUUAAAGAACACAGCCCAAGUGUCCUGGGAACUACUGUAUAGUUUGCCAAGGGUUUGGGGAACUAGUUCUGUAAGGGGUAAACCACAAUCCUUAGGAUUUUUUUUUUUGUGGGGGGAGUCAAAUGCUUUAAAUGUGUGGUGUGUGCAUGCAGACUUUCAGACCGUUGGUCUUUGUAGUCCAGUACUGUCAGUUUCGGUUUCUCUGUUUCUCAUUUACCUGGUUUUAAAUCCAAUUCUCCAUGUUGCCACAGCAAUUUGCAUUUUAAAAAAUCCUUUCGAAUAUUUCCCAUUUCAGUGAGAAUUCCUCCUAAGAUACAUUUUUGACUGAAAUUUUGAUUAAAACAUUUUUGUGUGUGCGUGCACAAAAAUGCAUUUUUGUAUCUUAUUUUCAUGACAGUAUGGAUUUUGUUUGUAUUUUCUCCUUAUGAAUUUUUUUUGGUAUGCACUGUUUGGUUGGAUAACUCCAUCAAAAAUUUCUGAAGAAUGCAACUUUCAAAGGACAAUUGCGUUUCAGUUAUUCUAUUGGUUUACCAAGCAUGAAUCACAUCAUUUCUCUUUACAUUCAAAUAAAAUCCUAUUUCUUUCUCCUAUCCCUUCUUUCAAUAAGUAGUAAACCAGCCAUGGUACAUUUAAGAAUCCCCUGCAAUUAUUGGUCUCUUGGACAUCUGCCGCAGACCCCCAUCUUGAUGUGACACUUAUUGUCUGUGUACAAUGUGUUUGUGGCUCUCAUCUGUGCUGCUCUGACUCUGUCCCACUAGGUAGUGUAUGAUGAAGGGCCCCUCUACGUCUUCUCUCCAACAGAGGAGUUGAGGAGCCGCUGGAUUCACCAGUUGAAAAAUGGUAAGUCUCUCUCUCUAGUAGUUAAAAUCUAGAUAUUUUAAAUAGGAACAAUAUUUUGCAGGAAGGAUUCAGGUGGAAAAUUAGAUUUGCACACUUGAAUUAAAGCAAUCCGUUGCCCUUUUGCAACAAAGCCACUUAAAAGCAUACACACACAGCUGACUUUUUGCUCUUAGGAAAGUGAUAGUGAAGCACCCUGAAAAACGUGAGAAGAAUGAAUAUUAACAAGAAGGCAUAUAAAUGCCCUGUAAGCAAAUCAGGAUGAAUUCCAAUGAAUGCUCACUGUUGUAUUACUUCCCUGCAGACAAAUCAGAAUGAAUGGCCUGUAACAGGGUUUCCAGCUGUUUCUGGACUACAAUUCCCAUCAUCCCUGACCACUGGUCCUGCUAGCUAGGGAUGAUGGAAGUUGUAUUCCAAAAACAGCUGGAGACACAAGUUUAGGAAACCCCAGACAUAGUCUAACCUCUGUGUACGCUAUGUGGAAGCAAAUAUGGAUGAAUGUUUAAUAAACAGGUCAUCUAGAGGAGCAGUAGCCUGGGGAGAAAUUGUUCGUUGCAUGGAUGACAACCUGAUUACAAGUAAAGUCAUUAUUGCAUGCUUCCUUCCAAUAAUCUUAUUUAACUAAGGUUCACACAGGUUCCUCGUUCUGGGGUGCCUUUAUAACGCAAAAAACAAUAGAUUCCUUUCUCCAACAACCCUGGCAGUCUUACCUUUUAAAAAUUUGUCUCACCAGAUAUAUAUCAACAUGUCAAGCUUUUUACACAGUAAGGCCACAACUAAUAAUAAUAAUAAUAAUAAUAAUAAUAAUAUAUUUAUUUAUUCCCUGCCCAUCUGGCUGGGUUUCCCCAGCCACUCUGGGCGGCUUCCAGCAGAAUAUUAAAAUAUAAUGAUUCAUCCAGUAUUAAAAGCUUCCCUAAACAAGGCUGCCUUCGGAUGUCUUCUAAAAGUCAGAUAGUUGUUUAUUUCCUUGACAUCUGAUGGGAGCCCGUUCCACAGGGCAGGCGCCACUACUGAGAAGGCCCUCUGCCUGGUUCCCUGUAACUUCACUUCUCGCAGUGAGGGAACCACCAGAAGGCCCUUGGCACUGGACCUCAAUGUCUGGGCAGAACAAUGGGGGUGGAGACGCUCCUUCAGGUAUACUGGGCCGAGGCCGUUUAGGGCUUUAAAGAAUAGCACCAACACUUUGAAUUCUGCUCAGAAACAUACUGAGGGCCAAUGUAGGUCUUUCAGGACCGGUGUUAUGUGGUUUUGGCAGCCACUCCCAGUCACCAGUCUAGCUGCCGCAUUCUGGAUUAGUUGUAGUUUCCGGGUCACCUUCAAAGGUAGCCCCAUGUAGAGCGCAUUGCAGUAGUCCAAGAGGGAGAUAACCAGAGCAUGCACCACCCUGGUGAGACAGCGUACCAGGUGGAGCUGGUAGACAGCCGCCCUGGACACAGAAUUAACCUGUGCCUCCAUGGACAGUUGUGAGUCCAAAAUGACUCCCAGGCUGCGCACCUGGUCCUUCAGGGGCACAGUUACCCCAUUCAGGACCAGGGAGUCCCCCCACCCGCCUCCUGUCCCCCAGAAACAGUACUUCUGUCUUGUCAGGAUUCAACCUCAAUCACAUUUAACUUGUGCACGUUCCUCUUUACAAUCUUGGCAAAAAGAAAUUUAAAAGGAGGUGGAAAGUGGGCAGGCAUCUGGGGGGGUGGGACACACACACACUUUCGCAAUCCUACCUACCACUGCACCCAAUGUGCUUUGACUAUAUGUGACUGGGCUUUAGGCAUGAUCCCCAGAACAUAACCACUUUGUAAGUUGCAGACUUACUGUACUGGUUUCUAUUUAUUUUACAUUGCUUUGAGUUUACAUGGUUUCUCUCAGAUAAUCCUGAGAAAGGAGCUAGCUGUUCGUUGGACUAGGAUCUGGGAGGCCAGGUUUCAGAUCCCUACUUAGCCAUGAAGCUCUCUGGUGUGCUUGGGCCAGUCACUGCCUCCCAACCUAACCUGCCUCACAGGGUUAUUGUGAUAAUAAAAUUGGGAGAGUGGAUGCGUGUGUGUGUCAUAUAUGCCACGUUGUCCUCCUUGGGUGAAUGGUGGGUUUUUUAAUGUAAUACUUAGGAAAGUCCAUUAUCAAGAUGUCUCCACCUUUAUAGGUUAAAGGUAAAGGGUAAAGGGACCCCUGACCAUUAGGUCUAGUCGUGACCGAUUCUGGGGUUGCGGCGCUCACCUCGCUUUAUUGGCCGAAGGAGCUGGCGUACAGCUUCCGGGUCAUGUGCCCAGCAUGACUAAGCCGCUUCUGGUGAACCAGAGCAGCACACGGAAAUGCCGUUUACCUUCCCGCUUGAGCAGUACCUAUUUAUCUACUUGUACUUUGACGUGCUUUUGAACUGCUAGGUUGGCAGGAGCAGGGACCGAGCAACGGGAGCUCACCCCGUCACGGGGAUUCUAACUGCCGACCUUCUGAUUGGCAAGUCCUAGGCUCUGUGGUUUAACCCACAGCGCCACCCGAGUCCCCUUUAUAGGUUAGGUAGGUGGUAAAGCCUUGACCAGGACUGGCAGAAAGAUUGAGGGUGCCCUGACAAAAAUUCCCUCUAGGACUCGCCCAGCACUAUCCUGACGCCCCCCAAAAUAAGCUUACAAAGGGGCAGAGAGGUGAGUGGUGGGGAUUGGUGAUGAGUGUCAGGCCAUGCCAGGGAUGGGUGCAUGUUUUUAAUGUGCCAUAAGACUCUUCCUCUUCAGGCCAAGAUUAAGCAAAUGGACCAUUUGAGGAGAUUAACAUUGCUUGCUUCUGUUUAACCUGAUUGACCGCAUUUGAAUCAUCAUAUAUCGGUUUAUUAAAGCGUGAUGUGAAUGUACCCUUUUUUUUUGCCCACGUAUGCAAUCCCUUCACUUCCUCCUUCACCUAAGCUGGCAAACAAGCCAGGAAGUUCUCGUUGACAGUUGUUUCCUGUUUCAUCCGAAUUGGGAAACUAUGGCUAGCAGCUCUGGAGAAAGCUAAGAUAUUGAACCAACUUCAAACCGAGUUUCAAUAUCCUGGUUUUUUUAUUUUGUUUUCUGAAACUGUUUACCAUCACUCAAACAAGAUCAGAAACUAUAGUAACCCUUCCCUCCUGCUGCAGUGAUCUGCUACAACGCCAACCUGGUGCAGAAAUAUCAUCCCUGCUUCUGGACUGACGGACAAUACCUCUGCUGCUCCCAGACAGCUAAACUGGCCAUGGGCUGCCAGAUUCUGGGAGGCAAGAGUAGAAGUAAGAAUUUACUUUGGCUAUUUUUUAAACUUAUCUUUCCUUGUGGUUUGUAUAUGUUAGUACACUUCAUCUUUGCUUAAAGCCAGGAGGAGGAACCUGUUGCACUCCAGAUAUUUGUACUACAACCCCCCUCAUUCCUGACCACUAACCAUUCUGGCUGGGGCUGAUGGGAGCUGGAGUCCACAACCUUGUUUUUUGGGGGGGGGGGGCAGGCACAGGUUCUCCAGUCCUGAUGGAAAUAACAGAAACCUCCACCUCACCUCUGCUUUAUUUGUGACCGGGACCGACACAUAUUUAAGAUACCUAUGCCUGCUUUGUCAUGUCUAGUUCGGCAUAUUUGGCCUAGUUUCAGAGCAUAGAACCAGAAAGCUGGCUUGAAAUGCAGGUGCUCCUAAUCAUCUCGUGGGGGUCUAAAGCAUUCCUGAAAACAGAUAAUCAGAUGUAAUAACAGAAGAGUUCUGGGUCAUUUGACCAAAGAUCCACCUAGCUUCCAACAGAUACCAAGUGGAGUAGACGGUAGCAUAGGAAGUUGCCUAUUGCUCCAUCUACCUCAGUGCAGUCCACACUGACUGGCAGCAGCUGACAGGGUUUUGGCAGUAGUCUUUCCCAGCCCUACUUGAUGGGCUGCUGUGAGAGUGGAGUGCUGGACUAGGUGGACCUUUGGCCUGAUUCACCAAGGCUCUCCUGAGGUCUAAAUCUUAAAGCAGCCACCAGCCUGAGGGUUGAACCCAAGCUCUUCUGCAGGCAGAGCAGAUGCUUCACUGCUGAGCUAGCAGGAAGUUGUUGCCGCCCAUCAUGCCUUGCUUGUGGCAUGACGUUGACGACGACGGUGAUGAUGAACAACAAUGAUAGCAACAACAUGGUCUCUAGUAAUCAGAGGUGUGUUACCUCUGAAUCACCUCUGGUAUGUGAAAGGAGCAUAGAAAGCUUCCUUCCUUGUCCACUUUGCCUGAUUAGCCUCUAAACCUAUUCCAGCCUUCUCCUUCCAGAUGUUUUGUGCCACAUAGGCCCCAGCUGGUUGAUUCAGAAUAUUUGGAGACCGGGAAGGCGGUUCAGCUCAGGCUGGUGGCAACUUGUCAGUAGAGGAUUUUUCUCGCUUGCUCUAAAGAGCAACCUCCCUAGCAAAGCAAGGCCUUGUAACCCUUUCAGCUGGAGUGCUCUCCCCUGCCCUGCUAUAGUAGUUCACUACUUUCAAAGAGUGCCGUGUGCGAGUUUGAGGAAGGCACUCUUUACUUGUGAAUAGGGAUUUGCCAGAGGUUGAGGACUUCCAGCCUGCAGUUCAGUCCCAGCCCACCAGGGGGUGCAAUUUAGCCUGCGAAGCCUUUUCUCCUAAACCACGCCACAUGUCAAUCAGGUGAUUGGACUGCCCACCUACCAGUCUCCAAGCAUCAGAUGAUUGAGUUGGUUCAUGGGGUGGGGAAAUAAAUAUAUGGCCUGCCAGACUGAAAAGAUUCCCCAUAUUUGGGACAGACAGAAUAUCCUCAGUCUGUCCUGUCUUAUUUUCGCCGGCACUCUUUUAUAGUUCCAUUCCAUCCUAUUUCAUGAUGAUUUUUGGAAAUAGUGCAUGAAAAAUUAUUAUUUAAAUUGUACUCUUUUUAUAAGCAUUAUUGUCUGCAUCCCCCCUCCCACAAAUGCUAUUUUUCAGGGCUUUUUCAGUGCACUUUCAUCAUCAUCAUCAUCAUCAUCAUCAUCAUCAUCAAUUUAUAAUUUAUACUCUGCCCAUCUGACUGGGUUUCCCUAGCCAGUCUGGGUGGCUCCCAUCAGAAUUAACAAUUAUAAUAAUAAUAAUAAUAAUAAUAAUAAUAGCAAUAAAACAUCAGACAUUAAAAACUUCCCUGAACUUCCCUUCAGAUGUCUUCUAAAAGUCAGAUAGUUGUUUAUUUCCUUGACAUCUGAUGGGAGCACGUCCCACAGGGCGGGCGCCACUACUGAGAAGGCCCUCUGUCUGGUUCCCUGUAACUUGGCUUCUCGCAGUGAGGGAACCACCAGAAGGCCCUCGGCGCUGGACCUCAGUGUCUGGGCAGAAUGAUGGGGAUGGAGAUGCUCCUUCAGGUAUACAGGACCACGGCCAUUUAGGGCUUUAAAGGUCAGCACCAACACUUUGAAUUGUGCUUGGAAACAUACUGGGAGCCAAUGUAGGUCUUUCAGGACCGGUGUUAUGUGGUCUCGGCAGCCACUCCCAGUCUAGCUGCCAGAGAUCAUUGACCAGCGCAACCAAGGCAGUUUCACAUAAAAUACACAUUUUAUACGCAUUUUAACUGUAAAAGAUGUGGUUUUGGGUGCGUGAUGAAGAAUUUUUCUCUCUAUUCCUACUGGAGAUGCACUUAAAAUGCCCUGCUUUCCUCUAAUUGAAGGUUUCAGAAGUGGCCGUUGUCUUCUCAAGCCUGACAAGCCUCUACCACCAACUCCAGAGGAGAACAAGGUAUGAGCAGCCAGGAUUUGCAAUUUUUGUGGUGGGUGGGUUGCACCUUGGGGCAGAGACAGGAUUAGGGCAGGGGUGAGGAACCUUCAGCCCAUGGACCAAUCCUAGCCUUCCAACUGGCCUAUUUUGGCCCAUGAAGCCAUUUCCCUCAAACCACACUAACUUUUUAUCACUUGUGACAUCAUCUGAUGGGCAGGAGGGUGGGAUUCAUUUCUGCCUUGGUUGCACAUGCCUGUUCUUAUACCCAAAGCAGCAGGAUUUCGCUGUUCCUUCACCCACGCAUCAGCUGACCAGUACGGCAAGGUGGGGGGAGUUAAAUCCUACUGAGAACAGACAUACCCAGCCAAAGCAAAGGACCAGGCAGCGGGGCCUUCUUGGUAGUGGCACCCACCCUGUGGAAUGCCCUCCCAUCUGAUUUCAAGGAGAUAAGUAACUAUGCAACCUUUAGAAGACAUCUGAAAGCACCCCAGGAAUGGGAAGUUUCUAAUGUUUAAUGUUUUAUUGUGUUUUUGUAGUGUUGGAAGUCACCCAGAGUGGCUGGGACAACCUAACCAGAUGGGUGGGGUACUAUUAUUAUUAUAAUAAUUAUUGUAAUUAUUAUUAUUAAAGCAAGCAGCUCUUUUUUUUGCAGGCAAGAGGGUCUCCUCCUGCUUGCAGCCAUGCUUACACAUUGCAGGCUUUUCUUCUUCCUCCCCACCACCUGAUAGGGAGCGGAAAAACAAGGCUUUGCCAAUCCUCUACUUGGUUGUUGUGCCCACCUGUCAGAGUUGGCCCGCCAGAAAGGUUCUCCACCACUGUAUUAGGGGUAGGCAGCAUAGUGCUGUUGAACUCCCAACUCCCAUCAACCACAGGCAGAAUGGCCAUUAGCCAAGGGUGAUGGGAGUUGUAGUCCAGCAACAUCUCUCUGUGUGUGUUUCACAAGUUCCUUCCACCUGUUUUUUUUAAAAAGUUUAUUUAUUUUCAUUUGUAACAAUUAAACAUUUCAACAAAGAAAAUGAAACAAUUCUUACAUAUCAAUCUUCGACUUCCCAGACUUCCCUCCUCCUUUUCCUGCGGUUCCAUGAAUUUAUUUUCUUUCUUUUCCCCUGCAUAUCCCAAUUAACUCUAUUCUUUUUUUCUCAUCUAAUUCAUAUAUGUUUUAGAAACUGCAUGUUUUUACAACAAUCCUGCUAAUGUCUUGUUUGCAACAUAUCUGUAAAUAUUCAAUAAACCAUUUCCAUUCCUUACUAAAAAAAGUUUAUUGUCUUGAUUUCUUAUUCUUCUGGUAAGUUUUGCCGUUUCUGCAUAGUCCAUUCGUUUCCAUAACCAUUCUUCUCUCGUUGGGACUUCUUUCCAUCAAGUUCCCUCUACUUGUGAUAGGUGCUGAAAGCGGUAUCCUGAAAGUCUCAUUCUUUUCUUAUUUCCUCUCUGAACACUGGCAAAGAUGAUCAAGAAGCAGUUGCCCCCUGAACCGGUGCCUGGUGGCCAGUCUAGGACGAGGAAAGUUGUGGCUCUCUAUGACUAUCUCCCCAUGACUGAACAGGACCUGGAGCUGCAAAAGGGCAAAGAGUACAUUGUCCUGGAGGAGAGCAAUGAGUCCUGGUGGAGAGCACAAGACCAGAACGGGUAAGAGACCCAAAACAGACAGUAGGGGGUAGAACAGUGCAAGGCCACUGCCAGGAGCCCACUCUCCGCUUGCACACCCCCUGUCCCACAGGUGGAGAUGAGGGGAAAGUAGAUUUAGUUAUCAUUUAAAGGUGAACCUCACUAAUUCACAUUUUCCGGGGUGGGGUGGGAACAUAUGAGAACGGAGUUGGCUGUCCUUCGAAAUGUGCACUUCUCAUAAUUUUGCUGUGCAGAUUUGCAGCCAAGUAAUACGCGGUGGCGCUGUGGGUUAAACCACAGAGCCUAGGACUUGCCGAUCAGAAGGUCGGCGGUUCGAAUCCCUGCGACGGGGUGAGCUUCCAUUGCUCGGUCCCUGCUCCUGCCAACCUAGCAGUUUGAAAGCACGUCAAGUGCAAGUAGAUAAAUAGGUACCGCUCCGGCGGGAAGGUAAACGGCGUUUCCGUGCACUGCUCUGGUUCGCCAGAAGCUGCUUAGUCAUGCUGGCCACAUGACCCGGAAGCUGUACGUCGGCUCCCUCGGCCAGUAAAGCGAGAUGAGCGCCGCAACCCCAGAGUCAGCCACGACUGGACCUAAUGGUCAGGGGUCCCUUUACUUUUACUUUAAUACGUGCAAGAAUGCACUUACUGGGAUAAAGUGUGCAUAAACAUGUAUUUAUUAGUGAAGACAGCACACAAGGAUGCAUUAUUCUGGGAGAAAUUGCUUUGCAAAAAAUGUACUCUUAGGGAAAAUUCAAUACAAAACAUGUGUAUGUUAGGAGAAAAUGUAUGGUGCUUGUCAUGGACUGGUUGGGUGCAGAGGAAAGUCCUGGGAGGAAAUAGCUGAGGAACCCCCAAGGGAAGAAGGCUCAGAGCCCGGAGAGUGGUGGUAGGACAACCAUGAGUGGUCAGAGGGAGAAACCUGAGAGGAGGUGGUGUCGGAAGUUGGAGAGGUAACAAGCCUUAUUGAGCAGGGAGAGUCUGUGGCAGAGAGAAGUCCAGAAUCAGAAGCUGGAGCAGGAGGAUGGGAAGAGGGAGAUCAAGAAGCAGAGAUUAGUCAGGCUGGUCACAGGUGUUUCUCUCUCCUGAUGUGACAAGCUCCCCUCUCUCCUGGUCUCCCAGAACUAGGUGAGGCGUGAAGAGAGGAGAGGAGAGGUUGGCUGCCAUAGGUGCAGUCUUUGGUUGUUUGGGGAAAGCCCUGGAGAGGAGGGGACAGGCGGCUGUGAGGAGUUGAGGACUUUCAGUCUUGGCAACUGAUUUUCAUGGAAGACCACCAGGAAUGAGCUGCUCUUCUCAUUAGGCCUGGCCCUCAACAACCAACAACAACAAUUUAUUAUUUCUACCCCACCCAUCUGGCUGGGUUUCCCCAGCCACUCUGGGUGGCUUUCAAAAGAACAUUAAAAACAGAAUAAAACUUGAAACGUUAAAAACCUCCCUAAACAGGGCUGCCUUUUAGAUGCCAUCUAGUCUUCUAAAAAUCAGAUAGUUGUUUAUUUCCUUGACAUCUGAUGGGAGGGCGUCCCACAGGGCGGGCGCCACUACCGAGAAGGCCCUCUGCCUGUUCCCUGUAACCUCACUUCUUGCAGAGAGGGAACUGCCAGAAGGCCCUUGGAACUGGACCUCAGUGUCUGGGCUGAACGAUGGGAGUGGAGACGCUCCUUCAGGUAUACUGGGCCGAGUCUGUGGAGAUCGUGUUUUUGCUAAUAAAGAGCUGGACUUUCAGCCAAGCCAAAGCAUUUGAGCCUGGGACCUUCUGCGUGCAAAGUCAGCGCCCUUCCAUUGAGCUACAGCCCUUUCCUCUUGGGUUCCUGUCAGUUGCAUAGGGAGUGGCUCAUGGUGGUGUUGUUUUCUUUCACCCUACAGGAAAGAAGGCUACAUUCCCAGCAACUAUGUCACAGAAACAAAAGAUUCUCUGGAGAUGUAUGAGUGAGUUUCCUUGUAACUGUGGGCCUGAGGGCAGAAGUUAAAUGUUAUGAGAAAAACAUAAGAAUAUCUGUCCCUUUGUAUUUGUAAUAAGAUACAUUCUGGAGUGUGGAAUGGGGGUAGUGAUGAGGGGGGAAAUGUGUUUGGCGAACCCACCAGAUCUACAAAUCGAGAACCAAGCAACAGCUCUCCUUCAAAAUUCACACUUCUCCAAAUUUUAUUAUGCCAUUCUUCAACCAAAGAAUGUGUACUAAAAUUGUGUAUAAUCAUGAAAAGCUCAUGCAGACAUAGUGGAUAAUACACAAAAAUGCAUUCAAUUGGGGUGGGGGGAACAACUUGCAAAAUAUUUAUCCUAGGCAGAAUUGCAUAUAAUAGGAGAUAAGCACCCAAACAUACACAGGAAUUUUUUGCAGAGUUUUUUUUUUUUUUAAAUCACAAAUAAAUGCAGAAAUGGGGCAAACCAAAUUUCUGAUUAGAAAAAAUAGAACAGGAGAAACCAGAAUUGACAAUGUUGUCUGUUCCUCUGUAGUGUUUCAUAGUGCUUAGUAGAGAACCGGUGGCUGGGAAGGGGAGGGCCCUGUCAUUUCUGCCUUCUGAGUCUUUUUUGCAAAUGCCUCCCAUGACAACCCAUUUUUCAUCACACCCCCCCACACCCCUGCUAACAGGCCAGGGAAAGCAGAAAUAUGGCAAAGGGGGAACUGGCGUCAAGGGAGAAUUGAUUUCAUGGGGGAGAAUCGAUGGGUGCAAGAGUGGCUAAGCAUCCGUCUCAUUUUCCUGACAGCUCAUCCCUUACAAAAUACUUCCAUUGCCCCCAGAUUUGCAACCUUGGAGAACACACAUUUGCCAAGGUACCUAGUAAUCUGCCCUGAUUGGGUGGGAAAUGUUUGAGCUUUAUGUUAACAUUUCACCCCAAAUGUAGAGGUUCACCACCUCCCACCUCCCAGCCCUCUUCUUUGCAGUUCCUCCCUGGCAAAUAUUAUGUCAUGUUUCAGGUGGUAUUUGAAAAACAUAACUAGAAGGCAAGCAGAGGAACUGCUGAAGAAAGAGGUGAGUGUAUAAGUACUUCCUUUCUUCUUUCCUUCCUCUUUCACUGUGAGAGUUAAAUUAUAAAGUCAGCAGAUAAUAUUAAAAAUGCCCAAACGUAUAUCUGCCUAUAUACAUAAAAAUGUAAGGCAGUCAUCAUGCUGCAGUUCCCAUGGGCACGCCAACUUCCAGUGCAACAACAGAAUGUCUGGAUGGCAGGUGAGCAAACAAUGUGGAUGGCAGGCGGCCCAGGGGAGCUGUUUUACUGAGUGAGGGAAGCACUUCAGAGAGUGACGUCCUCUUCUCCAUUAAACACGGCUGUUGAGAGGUGUAACAGAGCAGGCAAGGUACUUCAGAGAGUAGUCUGGCAAUCAGCUCUGUGCAGUGCCUCUGUUAAACAGUUCACCUGGGUUGCCUGCCAUCCAGGCUACUUGUUGCUCACCUGCUUGCCAUUCUGUUGUCAUGCCGGCUGUAGACCAGAGCCCAUGGUGAGUGUAUGCAAAGCGUGAGAAAGCGGGGGGGGGGGACAGCUACUAAUACCCACUUCCUCCAAAAAAGUAAAAGAAGAAGAAACCCCCGGGGGGGGGGAAUUGUUAUGUCUUUUAUAUCAAUCAGUAAUGGGUCCAGGGGGUUGGACCUUUCCAUUCUAAUUUUCCAUCAGUGUUACCUUUCAUGUAGGCAUCUGGGGGGGGGGGGGGUUGAAAUGAGCAACAGGGAUCUUUCCAAAAUAUGUGGUUCCACACUCAGGGGCUUUUAAACACACUUCAGUGUCUUUUUGCCAAAACAUGUUAAGCCCUCACUUUUGUUUAGGUUAAAGGUAAAGGUAAGGGGACCCCUGACCAUUAGGUCCAGUCGUGACCGACUCUGGGGUUGCGACGCUCAUCUCGCUUUAUAGGCCGAGGGAGCCGGCAUACAGCUUCCGGGUCAUGUGGCCAGUAUGACUAAGCUGCUUCUGGUGAACCAGAGCAGUGCACGGAAAUGCCAUUUACCUUCCCGCCUAUUUAUCUACUUGCACUUUGACGUGCUUUCAAACUGCUAGGUUGGCAGGAGCAGGGACUGAGCAACGGGAGCUCACCCCGUCGCGGGGAUUUGAACUGCUGACCUUCUGCUUGGCAAGUCCUAGGCUCUGUGGUUUAACCCACAGCGCCACCCGCGUCCCUUGUUUAGGUUACAUAGCUGCUUUUCUACCACCCUAAUCAAAAUGGCAAGGUGUCUGUGAGUCUUUAUCAAAAGCAGCAAAAACUGUACACAAAAGAUUAAGCAGAUUCUGCAGGAGAGACUGCUCUGUUGCCUUUAUAAAACAUACCCUAGCAUAUGGAAGUGAUGCAUAUGUAGGUCUAGCAAUACCCAGAUUUUAACGCCCUCUUCCAUUACCUAUGGCUUCAGUGAUGGGGGAGGCCCUUUACAGAGUAUUUUGUCAAAUUGCUAUUGAAGUGCUUCUGCUGACCCUCUUUUAAAAGGGGUUGGGGCAAGCUGUGGGGGGCGGGGAUUUGCAAAUGGGAAUUUUGGCCAAGCUGUGAGGGGAUAGAUGAGGAGGUGGGAGAGUUGUAAAUGAAGGGAGGGCAAAGACUGAAGUUACAUUGGUAGGUUCAAAACACUAGAUAUCACUUCUUCAGGGUCAAGGACAUGCAGGUCCCUGAACCUGCUGCAGUUCGCACUAGGCACAUGGUGCUUCUUGCAGCUUAUUUCAAAGAUUGCUCCUCCUUCCCCACCCCCCCACCCCCACAUGAAAUGUUAAUGAUGUCACCUGCUUCCAAAUUUCAGGGCAAAGAUGGUGGCUUCAUUGUCCGAGACUCCAUCAGCAAUACAGGAAAAUAUACAGUCUCCGUGUUUGGCAAGUCAUCUGGGUAAGUGUGGCCUGCUGAUGUGGGAACAAGAUGACCACGCAUUACACUAGUCCUCAGUAAAAACCUCAACAGUAGAACAGAUAUGAGGAUGAGCCCCAGGUGGAGGAUAGCAUCUGUUCUAGCUUCCUCCUGCUGCAACCCGCUAGUUGCUUGUGGCCCUCCUCUUCCCUCUGCCUGGCCCCUGAUACCCCCCUGCACCUUCACAACAAUAGAUGAAGAGGAGAGAGAGAGAGAUAAUGAAUGGGGUGCAUGCUUGUGUCUAUGAGUACCUGUCGGAGGUAUGGAUGUAAUUAUAUGGGGGAUGUGGGGUUUGUGUGCAUGAGGAAGAUGGAAUGGAUGGAUGGAUGAUGAAACGGAGAAGAAGGGAGAAAAAGGGGUGUCCCUACAAACUUUGGGCUUUGACCCUGCCUAGCACUUGACUCCUGGGGCAAUGUGCCCUUUGACUCAAUGGAUGCUGGUUCAUUAGCACACUUGGGAAUACUGCCCCACCCCACCCCAGUCUCAUAUUUUGCAACUUUCCUCAGAAAAUAGGGACAUUCUGUUCAAGUCUGUACCUGACCUGCUCUCAUCUGCCUACCUUAUUACUUACAACCAGUCAAACUGUGCCUUUGCUUGUCAUUGGCUCUGGCUCCACAUAUAUCUGCCACCGCUUUGGCUUCAGAAAAGGCUGUUCAGCCCUGUGCUGCCUUGCUCAUCCCUUCCAUCCUUCUCAUGUUAUUGCUCUUAACUUGUUGUGCAGCAGUGGUUGAAAUCCAUCAAUGGCAUUUCCUGGAAUUAUCGGUUUUCCUUUAGUCACACCUUAGGAGUCAUGAACUCCAGAAUUCAUUGUUACCCUACUGGUCACUAAUCCACAAUUGAUUUCACAGGGACCCCCAGGGGAUGAUCCGCCAUUACGUUGUGUGCUCCACACCCCAGAACCAGUAUUUCCUGGCAGAGAAGCACCUCUUCAACACCAUCCCAGAGCUGAUCAACUACCACCAGCAUAAUGCAGCAGGUGAGGAAUGAAAUGGCUGAGGCACAAAGAGACUUGCCGACUUUUAUGAUGGAGAUGGGAGUGGGGGAAGGGGAGGGAUAAAUGCCAACAGCUUGAUAAAGGCAAAGAAGGUCAACAACGUAUUUUAAUUUAUUACCCAUCCUUUGCCCUAAGAUCCCAGGGCAGGUCAAAACAAUUUAAAAUGCAGUUUAAAACUGUUUAAAAACUUAUAAUUAAAAAAUGCAAACACAAAAAAUAGUGUGGCUCUUGAAAAUAAAUGUUCACAGAGUAUAAAGAGGUAGAAAGAGCUCCUACCCCUCAGAGGUUCCUUCCAACAUUUGACUGAAAUCUGCUCCACUGCAAUUUGCACCUGUUGUGUCUUUUCCUGUCCUCUCAAGCAACAAGUUUCUUCCAUCAUCAGUUAUUUGAAGACAGUUAUCAUGCUUCCCCUUCAUCUUCUAUUCUCCAAAUGAAACAUGCCCAACUCUUUCAACCAUUCCCCUUUGGGCUUGGUUUCCAGAUAUCUCCUCAUCCAAGUCACUGACCUCUGGAUAUACUCCAUUCUGCCAAUGCCUGCAUACACACCAUACAUUUAAAGCACACGACUUCUCUCAAAGAAUCCUGAGAACUGUAGUUUGUUAAGGGGACUAGCAAGUAUGGCUUCAUACAGACUAUACUUUCAAAGCACUUUCAUAGGACAUGCUUUCCCUCAGAUACCUCUCGACAAGGUAGUUUACCCCUCACAGAUAUAUAAUUCCCAGCAACCUUUAGCAAAUCACAGCACCUAGAACUCUUUGGUGGGAGGGUUGUGCUUUAAAGGUAAAGUAUGUGCAUAACUUGUAGCUGCACAAGGAGUAAACUAUAGUUCUCAUGAUUCUUUGAGGGAAGCAAUGUGUUUUAAAUGUAUGGGGGCGUGCGCAGCCAGUGUCCUUAAAAUGUGGUACUCAGAUCUUGACACCAUAUUCCUGAUGUGGCCUGAUCAGCACAGGAUAGAACCAAGCUAUUACUUCUCAUGUAUUGCACACUAUGCUUCUCUUUACACAGCCUAAGAUUGCAUUAGCAUAACUUACACAAGCUGCACAAUUUGGGCUUGUCAUCUUGAUGCUGAAUUCGGAUAUCUUUAGCAUAGAAUAUAUACAUCUCUGUUUAUAAUAUACAGUCAUACCUCUUGUUAUGCUCGGUUCAGGUUAUGUCUUUUCAGGUUGCGUCCCGUGGCAACCCAGAAGUACCGGAAAGGGUUACCUCUGGGUUUUGCCCCUCGCGCAUGCGCAGACACGCAAAAUGACAUCAUGCGCAUGCGCAGAAGCGGUGAAUCGCAACCCACGUGUGUGCGGACGCGGGUUGCGUUCCUUUCAGGUUGCGAACAGGGCUCCGGAACGGAUCCCGUUCGCAACCAGAGGUACCACUGUACAUGGUAAUACAAUUUAUAUUGCUUUGCAUCUAUAUUAUUAUGAAUGCACUUCUUCAAAAUAUAAUUGUUUUGAUGCACCCUAGGGCUUAUUUCCAGACUGAAGUACCCUGUGUCAUCGCAUCAGAGAACUGCUCCUUCCACGGCAGGACUUGGAUAUGGUAAUAUUUGAAUACUCUUCAUUUGGGAUGUAUCUGUAUGUUGCGCCUUCACCUUUACUGUCUUUCUGUUGCUCCCCUGCAGUGAAAGUGGGCUUGGGAUAGGUGAAACAGCUGUUCUUGCUACUUUCCCCUCUGUAUCAGCAGUGGGAAAUGUGUUUCCCUCUGGAUGUUGUUUGACUACAUUUCCCAGCAUCCCUGACCUUUAGCCAUGCUGACUAGGACUGAUGGGAGCUGGAGUCCACAAGUUGCCCAGCCCAGUUCUAAGAAUCCUUCUUCCCACAAUGAUUCACACCUCACACUGUUCUUUGUGUUGAUUCUAGGGGCAUGGGAGAUUGAUCCAAAGGACCUAACAUUCCUCAAGGAGCUGGGGACAGGGCAAUUUGGGGUGGUGAAGCACGGGAAAUGGAGAGGCCAGCAUGAUGUAGCAGUGAAGAUGAUCAAAGAAGGCUCCAUGUCAGAGGAUGCAUUCAUCGAAGAAGCCAAAGUCAUGAUGUGAGUAGCAAAGAACUUUAUAUUUGUCUCUUUGUCUGUCUCUCUUUUUCUGGAUAGAUUCUUAUUUCUGGGAUAGGGAUGCGGUACAUUGAGAACACUGGACUACAAGUCCCUGGGGUGGUGGAAGUUAGAGCUCAGUAACAUCUGCAAGGCCACAGUUUCCCCAUCCCUGCUUAACUGAUCAUACCAAGAAUUAAGAGCACGUCUAUUUUUUGAGCAGUCUUUCUGGUUUGCUACCACAAAGAUUGCACAGAGGUUUGGAUAUAUUUGGUAAAUUGAGCAUCAAGUCUGGUUUGUUUGUGGGGUAGUUAUAAGUCAAUAAUCAUUCAUCCUGAUUUCCCUGUGCAGUGGUUUUGCAUCUUCCCUGUCAUUCCACACUUUUGGGUACAUUUCACCGUCACUUUCUUAAAUUGCAAAAUGUCUUUCUUUUAGUAAGGAAGAUUUGUUGCUUUAGGAUGAAAGAGGACUUUUAUGCAUUUUUAACUUUGCAAACUGAAACGUCCUUGUACUGUAUGUGCUUGGAGCCCUCCCACAGAAUACUGACAGUCUGAAGAUACCCUAAAUCUGCUGUCUUCUGCAUGAAAAACAUGUGCUGAGAGACUGAAAGGGAACCAAAGGAGCAUUUAGCCCACUCCCUCCUGUCAAAUCUCCCAUUUAUUGGUUCCUCCACAGGCCCAGCUAUUACAGCCAGAGUCAUCACCCCAAAUGACUCAAAUCAAAACACACAAAGAUAUCCAGUCUUUUUGAAAACCACAAGGAUACAGAUCCUGUGCUCCUCUAGAUGUUACUGGACUUCAGCUCCCAUCAGCCCAAGCCAGCAUGGCCAGUGGCCAAGGAUAAUGGGAACUAUAGUCUGCCAACAUCUGGAGGGCAACAGGUUCCCCAUCCUGGAAAUAGCAGAACAUGGUUGUUGGUUUUUUUAGCAUUUACUUGUGCUCUUGUGGAGAAUAAUAAUAAUAAUGGAAAAUGGGAAGGUCCAUAGCCCAGUGACAGAAUAUUUGCUUUCAUGGCAGAAUACCCCCAUGGCAGCUCCCAAGUAGAGCUAACAGAGACCCCUGUCUCAAAUUAUCUAGAGCCACUGCCAGUCUUCGUAGAGAAUUCUGAGGUAUAAAUGGACCAAUAAUGAUUUUUCUUCCCCUAGAGUACUGUGGAGAAUCUCAAGAGGCAGCUCUCCAUUCUGCCACCAAGUUACUGGGAAUCACCAGUGGGAAGAGUGCUGUUGUACUCAAAUCCUGCUUUUAGGGCUUCCCAGAGACAUCCUGUUGGUCAGGGUGCUGGACUAGAUGAGCCUUUGGCCCAAUCCAGCAAGCCUCUUCUUAUGUUCUUGUGAUGUUUUCUCACUCCAGGAACCUCUCACACGAGAAGCUAGUGCAGCUGUUUGGAGUCUGCACGAAGGAGAGGCCAAUACUGAUCGUCACCGAGUACCUCUCCAAAGGUUGCCUCUUGACUUACCUGCGGGACACUCGGCGGUCCCUCCAGGGCACGGAGCUUCUAGAGAUGUGCAAGGAUGUCUGCGAGGCCAUGGGGUAUCUGGAAUCCAAGCAGUUCCUGCACAGAGACCUGGUAGGUGAUUGCUUUUCAACUGCUCCAUAUACCCCUGCCAUCUGAAGUAAAUUGGGGGGGGGGGUGCCUAAUAGGGAGAAGGCCUCCUUGUUAGUAGCACCCUGGUAUGGAAUAACUUCCCCACAGAAGAGCACCUGCUUGUUGCUUGAGCUCUUUUCCUCACAUUUUGAACGGAAUGUAUUAUUUUUUUUAGAAAAAUCUGGCCUCUCAGUGCUGUGAACCAAGUCUUAUUUUAUCUUCUCUGCUGCUGAUUGGAAAAGUGGAACAUAGGAAACUUCAUUUUACCCACUCAGACCACUGGCCUAUGCAGCUCUAUGUUGUCUACACUGAUUGGCAGCCGCUUUCCAGUGUUUCAGGUGGGGGGCAUGCCCUGCCCUACCUGGAGGUGCUGGGGACUGAUCCUGAGACCUUCCGCAUACAAAGCAGAUGCUCUACCACUGAGCAAUGGCCCUAGGUUUUGUGCUUUUUCUCUGCUAGAAAGGAGGUCUUCCUGCUGCAUUUUGUUUUCUUAUUGCAUUUGUAAUAACUGUAUUUUGUAAGUUACUGUUGUGUUUUAUUCCUGCUCUGGUAGCCACCCAGCUAAAGUAUGUUGAGACCAUAUUCUCUUUUAUCUCUGCCACAGGCUGCUCGCAACUGUUUGAUCAGUGAACAAGGUGUUGUCAAAGUCUCGGAUUUUGGCCUCUCCAGGUCAGUUUGUGUGCAUAUGCGUGUGUAGGAAGCUGAGGUUGCUUAGCUUUUUCUCUGUUUAACUUUGUAUAUGCCUUUUUUCUUACUCCCUUUCUCAUUAUGACUGUCAUUCUGUUGUUCUUCCUCAGCCUCUUUGUUUGCAUCCUUCACUGCAGCUGCCAUUUCGGACUACCUCUUUUUUAUUUUAGGUUUGUUACCUGAUUAAACAACUCUUAGUCGGUUAUUAUUAUUAUUUAAGACAUAAAGUGCUUAACGUUUCCUAAGCAUGGCACAUAUAUUAAAAUAGAAUACAGCCCUGCUCAGAGGCCCACAAUCUGACAUGAUACAAAGGAAAAAUAAAUGAGGAGGGAAGAGGAAAGCUAGCACUGGAGCUGCUGCUCCUUCUCCGGACAAUGGUGGGAGAGAAGGCAGGCUGGUUUCUCGCCAGCCAUGAUGUUCUUAUGGAGAAGCAGGAGGUGCCCACCUAGCUCAUAAGAGCCUUAGUUGAUUAAGUGCACAAACUUGCAUAUGAGAAGACACAACAGUUCUAAUGGUUUUGACAGAAAGCACAGAGAUGUCUUUUCAAGGAAGCAAUUGGCGUGGUUUGCAGUGCAAUCUUAUUAACUCAGAAGCUGCAUUUGAGUUUAGUAGAGCUUACUCCUAGGCAAGUGUAUAGCAGGGAAGGUCAAUCCUUUUCAACCCAAAGGUCACAUUUCCUACUGGUCUCCUAGCCACAGAAGUCAAGUUUCUUUUUCCCCCCAAAGUGGAUGUGUUGUACCAGAGUGACAGAGCACUUCUGUUACGCAAACUUAAAUUUCCUUUAUGUGAGUGAAUGUCUCCAACAACAUACUGAUAAUCCGAAGGCAACCUUUUCUGCUUAAGAGAGUCUUGGGGGAAGGCACUGUUGGGUUGAAAUAACGACAGAUGAGUAGCAAGUGUCAUGUGAGAGGCAUCUCUCGAGCAAGCCCCGAGGAGUCUCUUUUAUUGAAUAUUACAACAUUGCCACAGGUGCGCUCGUUGCUGAUUGGUUGACACAAAUACAAAGCAACUUGUUGCUGAUUGGUUAACACAAGUACAAAGCAAAGGUUACAUAUAGGCAUUAAUCACCAAUAGAUUAAAGGCUGGGAAAGGGAGCACAGAACUAGACAGGCAUGAAACCUCCUAAUUAAAUUAUAACUAGUGAUUGAUAUAGCAAGACUAAAACAAUUACUAAUGAUUGAUCAUAACAUGAAAGAAUAUACUAAUCGCGUUCCGUAGAUGUGGUCAACUAUGCAUUAAGAACAGGUCAGAGUAUAAUGUUUUCAUGAACUUAAUAUGAACUGAACAUCCUAGGGAGAUGAGGGAAUGUCUUGGUAUUUAGAACGGGUUGUGCAGCAUGUGCAGAAGGAAAGCUUAGAAGCAAGACUUCCCAUCAUGCCACAGUCAUGUGCAGAAGCAGAGCUUCCCUUCAAGGCACUUUAAAAGGAUAGGAUAAUGAUCGACUGAUGGGAACACAUAUAAUUUCCAUGCAAACAAAUCAGGAUGAAUGCGCAUUCUUGUAUAACCUUCCUGCAAAGAAGUAAGAAUGGAUGUGCAUUGCUCAGUAAAGAGCAAACAUUCUUUAAUCUCCACAGAAGCUUUGUGCACACAAAUUGGAAUGAAUGUUCAUCUUGAGGAGCUUUUAGGCUUUUAGGAAGCACAAGAUCCUGUAAGGCAACAUAUAAAUUAGCACAACCAAAAUCUGUCUACACAGGUACGUCUUGGAUGAUGACUACAUUAGCUCCAUGGGAUCCAAAUUUCCAGUCCGGUGGUCCCCUCCAGAGGUUCUUUUGUACAGCAAGUUCAGCAGCAAAUCGGACAUUUGGGCUUUUGGUAAGCUGAAAUUGUGUACCACUGAUGUAGAACCUGGAAUAGCCAGAGGAUGAACUUUCUAUGGCAGUAGAUUUAAGGACAGGCAAAUGAACGGAACCCUACCUGCAAUAGGGAAGGCAUUAAGAACACUGUGCUGCUGAUGUGAUUUGCAGGCCCCAGAAUAGAUGUGAGGGCUAGGCCUUUAAGAACUCACAGUAAAUCCUAGGGAUAGGGAACAGUGUUCAUAGGGCUUUGGGAUAUAUUUAAUAUACAUACAUUGCCAUAGGUAAAGGUAAAGGGAUCCCUGACCAUUAGGUCCAGUCGUGACUGACUCUGGGGUUGCGGCACUCAUCUCGCUUUAUUGGCCGAGGGAGCCGGUGUACAGCUUCCGAGUCAUGUGGCCAGCAUGACUAAGCCACUUCUGGCAAACCAAAGCAGAGCACGGAAACGCUGUUUACUUUCCCGCCGGAGUGGUACCUAUUUAUCUACUUGCACUUUAACGAGCUUUCAAACUGCUAGGUGGGCAGGAAUACAUUGCCAUAUCUGACUAUAAAUACAAAACAAGGAGACACUGGAGCUUAAACAGUAGAGACUUAAGAGGUGCUAAAGGACUGUAAUCAAUCCUCCAUUUUUUUGCCAUGGCCCAUUAGGAGGCAGCUUCCAUGUAGAACACAGAGGUCACCCCAAGAUAAGGGGUUGAGCCAGUGAUUCCAAGUCCCAUUAUGGUGCUUUCCUGACUGACAGGUGUCCUGAUGUGGGAGAUUUACACCUUGGGGAAGAUGCCCUACGAGAGGUUUAGCAACAGCGAGACCACUGAGCAUGUGACCAAAGGGCUGCGUCUCUAUCGCCCCCAGCUGGCCUCUGAGAGAGUCUAUGCCAUCAUGUACAGCUGUUGGCACGAGGUAAGGCUUCCCGUAAACUGCCCCGGUUGCUUGCUUAUUUAUUAGCAAUACUUGCAUGUCACCCAGUAAUGAAGUUCUCUUUUUUUACCAUAAAUCAGGAACUGCAAAUGGUAAAAUGCAGUAACUCGUUAUUGCCAGACCCUGGGACCGCUGGAGGAUUGGUGGCUCCUCUUGGCAAUCUGCGUGGUGCGUGCCGAGUCACAAGUCCUCCUCGUCCCCAGGAUCUGGGCAACUGAGCCUCCUGCCUGGCUUGCCAAACUGUUAUAAAAAAACCUGCUCCCUUUCCCUUAUGAGGCAUUCUGGAGCCCAUAUAGAGUCCUUAAGUGGGUUUCCUAUUGGUAGGAGAAAAUAACAGAGGCCAACCAGAGUAUAUUGAGAAGCAAAGUGGCUAGUAAGCCUGAUCUUUAUUCAAGGAACUGUUGCAACGGGGUCCCCACUCACCACAUGCAGACCACCACCCCCUAAAACAUCAGACAGAAGGAAGUAGUCUACAGCAGCUGAGGCGGUCUACAGCAGAAAUCCUGUUUGCUAGGAUACCUAAUAAUGGUCACUGACUGCAUUACCUUGGCAGCCUGGCCAUUCUUUUGUGAUGGUUGAUACUUUAGUUCCUAAAUCCAGGCCACAGGCUCACCCUAUUCAUACACAAAUGUGCCCUUAAGACAGGAUUUGCAAGCAAAAAGACAACGGGAAGGCUUUCUCCCUUUGCCUCCCUUACUGCAGAGGAGUAUUUGAGGUCAUUGGGAGAGUCAAAAUGGCUUCAGGAUUGCUCUCCUGUACUACUUCAGACACAUGGUUCAUAUAUUUAGCUAUGUGUGCAUUUAUGAAGACUUAUUCUAUAUUAAAGUUCUUAUAGCACAGGGGUGGAGUUUUGUUGCUUGAAAUACAGCAGGGUUCAUUGAUUUUGCUGUUGUUAGAUGAGCAUCCUUAUAAAUUUUGGUUUUAUUGUAUUUUUGUUCUAUUUGUUUUUAAAUAACUGACAAGCUUUUGGUAUUUUAUAUGAAUUGCUUGGAUACAUUUUUGUAGAAAGCAAUGGAUAAAUGUAAUAAAUAAUAGUACAUUAAUGUCUCUUAAGUAAACAACCUUAUUGGUAUAAGCUUUCCCCUCUUUUCUGUUCUUUUGCUCCAGAAAGCAGAUGAGCGUCCCACCUUCCAAGUCCUUCUGAACCUCAUUUUGGAUUUAGCAAAUGAAGACCCCUGAACUGCCAUCAUCCAAUCGCUCUUUUACUACUGCUUAUUUUUGUAUGUUCGCUCCAGAAUUUCUAGAUGGACAAUGAAUGGGUGGAUCUACAUCAUGACAAAAGUAACUGGAUCUAUCAGACAAUACCAGAUUCUUUUCGUCUGCCUCGCGUGUAAUAACUGGCUUGUAUCUGAAUUCACUGAAGUGCUAAAGAAGAUCUAACUUAUGGCAGCAACUGCUGGUUGGGUACUAUUUUCCUCUUCAGCAGAGUAAAUCUCUUUUAAUGCAGUAUCAUGGUUCCCUACCUGUAACUUGAAAUGGCAUUAUGGGAUUCAAAUAAUUUUUCAAGGAUGAUGUAAUUGUUUGGAAACUUGUUUUGCUAUGAUGAAAUAACAAUUACAAGAAAUAAUAUGAAAAUGAAAUAUAUAAAAGGG